AUGUCUGAUUCCUCGAGUCUCAAGAGUUCUUCCCGGACACCCGUCUACUUCCUCGGAAUUGGCGGACCAAACUUUAUAGAAGACAAGAACCAUCCAGCCUAUGUCAAACUAUCUGAAGUGGGACGAGAGAUCACGACGCGAGUCAAGCCCAAAGCAGUGGUUGUCUUUUCUGCCCACUGGCAAGGUAGCCCGAAUAGAAUUAUGAUCAAUGUUGCUGAAAAGACAAAUAUCAUUUACGACUUCUAUGGAUUUCCUCCUCACUACUAUGAAUAUGAGUACCCGAACAAAGGAAGCCCCGAGGUUGCUGGAAAGAUUAUUGAGAAGCUUGCAGGGGCCGGAAUUGAGGUCCAAAAGGUCAAGCGGGGCUUAGAUCAUGGUGUCUGGGUGGGCUUUCUAGCAGCUUUCGACCCCAAGGAAAACCCAUUAAAUGUACCGAUCGUGCAAGUCUCCCUAUACGAUAACGAGGACUUGGAUCAACAUUAUCGCAUCGGACAGGUAUUGGAAAGUCUCCGAGACGAGGGUAUUCUGAUCGUGGGUGCCGGAAUGGCUGUUCACAAUCUUCAUGAUUAUCGGGCCUCAAGAACAACGGGCCAAACUAUGCCUUACGCCUUCAGCUUUGAUGAGGCGCUGAAGGAGGCAGCUACCGCAGAGCCAGAAGAUCGGCAAGGAAAGAUGCUGGCAUUAAUGAAACGCAGUGAUGGCAGGGCCGCACACCCGACUUUAGACCAUAUUCUUCCAAUAUACAUCGCUGCGGGGGCUGCAGGCUCGGAUAUCGGAGAACGAUUGUGGACCUUGCCUGAGCGAAGUUUGAGCUGGGCACAAUAUCGCUUCGGCCAGGUAUAA